GCGCGCGCUGCAUUGUGGGACAGUGCGGCCCAGUCAGCUCCUUGUAGUAGUUUCAUGGCGGCGGCUCCGUUGUCAGCGCUGUGACCGGCCGCCCCCUCCCGCCGGGGACCCCGACAGACUCGUCCUCAGAUUACUAAUCCUGUGUGUUCCUCUGUUUUUUUUGUUUUGUUUCCGUAUUUAAUGUGUUAAAGCAGGAGGCUCGGAAAAUGACUUCCACCACAGACGUGAUCCAGGUGACGAACGUGUCCCCGAGCGCCAGCACCGAGCAGAUGAAAACCCUCUUCGGGUUCCUGGGCAAAAUCGACGACCUGAGGCUCUUCCCGCCAGAUGAUUCUCCUUUGCCUGUAACAUCUCGUGUCUGUUUUGUAAAGUUCCAUGAUCCAGACUCUGCCGUGGUCGCUCAGCACUUGACCAACACAGUGUUCGUGGACCGAGCGUUGAUCGUGGUGCCAUACGCAGAAGGAGUAAUUCCUGAUGAGGCUAAAGCCCUGACACUUGUGGCCCCAGCAAAUGCAGUCACAGGUCUGCUUCCUGGCGGUGGACUUCUGCCUACUCCCAAUCCACUGGGUCAGAUUGGUGCUGUACCGCUCUCUGCUCUGGGAGCUCCUACACUGGAUCCUACACUUGCAGCUCUUACUCUUCCUGGCGCCAACCUAAGCUCCCAGUCUCUUGCAGCAGACCAGUUAUUAAAACUUAUGAGCACCGUUGAUCCUAAACUGAAUCAUGUAACGGCCGGGCUGGUGUCCCCAAGUCUAAAGUCUGAUGCUUCUAACAAAGAUAUUGAAGAAGCCAUGAAGAGGGUUCGGGAAGCCCAGUCUUUGAUUUCUGCUGCCAUUGAACCUGAUAAGAAGGAUGAAAAAUCAAAAAAACGUUCAAGGUCACGUUCCCAUUCCAGGAGAAGGAGGACACCCUCAUCCUCCAGGCACAGACGUUCAAGAAGUAGGUCAAGAAGAAGAUCUCAUUCAAAGUCUAGAAGCAGACGGCGGUCUAAGAGCCCCAGAAGAAGGCGCUCCCACUCAAGGGAAAGAAGCCGUCGCACUCGAUCUAAAUCCAGAGAUAAAAAGCGAGAAGAGAAAGAGAAAAAGCGAUCCAAAACCCCACCCAAGAGCUACAGCACAAGCAGGCGGUCCCGGAGUGCAAGCAGGGACAGGAGGCGCAGGAAGAGUCGUAGUGCAUCUCGAUCCCCUAAAAAAAUAAGAUCACCAAAAAGGAAAGCAUCUCGCACCCCGUCGCCUAGAAGACAUAAAAAAGAAAAGAAGAAGGACAAAGACAGAGAAAAGAUCAGAGAUGAAAGAGAGAGAUCUUCCAGUAAAAAGAAGAAAAGCAAAGACAAAGACAAAGAGAAGGAACGAGAGCGAAGAUCAGAAAGCGAAAAAGAUGUGAAACAGGUGACACGAGACUACGAUGAAGAGGAGCAAGGUUACGACAGUGAGAAGGAAAAGGGAGAAGAGUAUAUGGUGACAGAGGCCAGCCCCCCGCUAGAUGAGGAGGCCAUAAUUGAGAGGGCGAGUGGUGAAUCGGCAAAGGACUCCAAAGUGAACGGUGACGAUCAUCAUGAGGAAGAUAUGGAUAUGAGUGAUUGAGCGCUUCCCCUCCCCCAGUGCUCCUUCCUAUGUAACUUUUUUUUUUUUUUUUUCAUUUUCUAUUUAAAAAUGUUCUAAUUUGGUCGUCUGCAGCACAGAACUUAUUGGUGAAUGUAAAACUACAGAAGUCAUUAGAUUUGUACUGAAGGGUCUGUCUGAAACAUUGACGUGGAUAACCUGUCUUGUGUGGUUUUAAAGAGAAACUGUAAAAAUAAAUCUACCCCAAUUCUUUAAUGUGACGCAACUUAACAAAUAUGUUGCAUGCGUCUUACACCUCGCAUGUUGUAUAAUUUCGCUACUUAGAUGCCCAGUUUCCUCGUGUGCUAGACUGCAUAUAGUUCACCAUAUCCAGAACGUGGCUGUCCACAACUAAUGGUCUUCUGUGCGCUCAGCGGGAAAUUUAAACUCCUCCUAACGUAGGUAGAUCGCUAGCCGUCGUACAGCCCCAUUCUGUGGGCUUUCUUUAUGCUUCAGUAAAGAUGUAACUGACUUGGAUUUUUUGUUUUUUGUUUUUUUUUCCCUUUCCAAGACUGUGAUGAUCUGUUAAAGGGGUUUCCCUUCAUAGACUUGAAUGUAAUAUUGACUGCAUGUAAAUCAUUGGUCGGUUCUGACUGCUGGGGCCAGCAGUAAACUUGAGAAGGAAAGUGGCUGCUCAAGACCGAGACGACUGGGCGAGUGUUUGUAUGUCCCAGUGACUGCAGAUGUGUGGCUGCAACUCAUCAGGGGCCCCAAUUCUUAGGGUUGGAUGGAGGCCUCAGCAGUCAGACCCACUAAAAUGGGUUUUCUGGGAUUAAAUAUUGAUAAGUUGUCCUCAGGUUUGGUCUCCAAUAUCUGAUCAAUGGGGGGCUGCCUCUUGAUACUGUGCUAAGCACUGCACCUUACGUUCUAUAGUGGCUGUUCUUGGUAUUGCAGCUCAGUCCCAUUCUCUUGAAUGAGACAGAGUUGCAGAAAGGUCAUGUGACCCAUGGACAUGAUGUCAUAGACUGAUGCCUCACCGAUGCAUAUUAGCACCUAUCCUCAGGAUAAGUUGUCAGUCUCCUGAUGUCCUAGAUAACCCCGUUAAUCACUGAUUUCAUAUACAGUUAAAAUAGCAUUAAAGGGGUUCUACAGUU